AAGAAACAAAACCCAUACAAAAGUCGAAUCCAAAUCUCUCUCCGGCGAUCUCAUCCAUGGCGGAAGGCGGCGAAGAUCCCCAGCGGUUGAAGAAAAUUGCGGCGGCUGCCUUCGACUACGAAAACGACGCUCGAUGGGCUGAUUACUGGUCCAAUAUCCUCAUCCCUCCUCACAUGGCUUCUCGUCCCGAGGUCGUCGACCAUUUCAAGCGCAAAUUCUACCAACGCUACAUCGAUCCUGAUCUUGUUGUGGAGCCUAUGUCGACUUCAUCUUCGUCUUCACAAUCUGCCAGGCCAGCUGCUACAUCUGCAUCUUCAACGGCAUCUUCUAAUGCAAACGAACAAGUUCGUUCACGGAACCCAGGAUCGGUUCCUCGAACAUCUGGGCCAUCUGCUACGGCAGGUGCAAACCCAAGUUCAAUGCGCUGGGAUCAGCAGACGAUUCAGUUUUCAGUCAAUGCUUGGGUUUUUGUUAUAGCUGUGCUGGCAGUGCUACCUCUAAUACCAAAGAACCUCUCAAAUAGGGCUUAUCGUCUAUCUUUCAUGGGAACUGCGUGCUCAUCUCUAUAUUCCUUAUACUCCUUAUACGGGAGGCCAAGGGCAUGGAAUAUGCAAGGGCUACAAGUUUAUUUUCAAUCAAUUGUGGCAGCAAAGGAUUUCAUCUAUUUCAUCUACUGCCUUACAUUUGUCACUUCACAUCUCUGUCUCAAGUUUGCUUUGAUUCCCAUCUUGUGCCGGGCACUUGAACAAGUAGCCAAGUUCUUGAGGCGUAACUUUGGUCGUUCCACUAUAUACAGAAAGUACUUGGAAGACCCUUGUGUGUGGGUGGAGUCAAACACUACUACCCUCAACAUUCUGUCAUCGCAGGCUGAGAUAGCCAUUGGCUUCCUUCUGAUCAUCUCUCUACUCUCAUGGCAACGCAACAUUAUACAGACGUUCAUGUACUGGCAGUCCGUCAAGUUGAAAACCCUUUUCGUCAUAUUCUUCCUGAACAAAGAUAUAGCUAUUGAAGCUGAUGUAUCAAGCACCGGUAACAGCGGGUUACCACCAGAGCACGUGGAGCAAAAUCGGGAGGACAGUGACUCCGAUUAUCCAACGUUACGCUCCCUUCUUGAAUACUCCGGUGAGUGCCGUUCAGAGAUGGUGGUUCAGUUAUCUCCAGAACGAUGCCGUCCGAUGUCUUCAACAGCGUCGGAAAUGAAAGAGGCUUGCCCAGCGAAUUCCGACGAAAUGGAGCUGCUUCACGGCUCCAACAGAUUAUCUUCACCGGAACAGGUUCGUAGAAGAGUCUCCGGGAAUUCUUCUGCGGAAGGUUCGCCUCGAAUUUGCCGGCAGCAGUCGUUCGGUCGCGAUAUCGGCCAUGCAGCUGCCGAGACGUAUUUAAUUACUCGACUUAGCUUCAACCUUCUUGGAUAUCUCGGGGUAGGUUACCGGUGGAUCACAAGAUUACUAGCUCUUGCUUGUUAUGCAAUGCUCCUUAUGCCUGGUUUCCUUCAAGUUGCAUAUCUUUAUUUUUUCUCAUCUCAAGUCAGGAGGAGUAUAGUUUAUGGAGGUCAUCCAAGGAAUAGGCUGGAUUUGUACAUACCGCCAACUAAUGAUGGCCUGAAGCCGGUUGUUGUUUUCGUGACUGGUGGAGCUUGGAUUAUCGGUUACAAAGCUUGGGGUUCUCUCUUGGGACUGCAGCUAGCAGAAAGGGACAUAAUUGUGGCAUGUCUAGAUUACAGAAACUUUCCUCAGGGGACAAUUAGUGAUAUGGUAAGUGAUGCCGCACAAGGAAUCUCAUUUGUCUGCAAUAACAUCUCUGCAUUUGGAGGUGAUCCUAACAGAAUCUAUUUGAUGGGGCAAUCAGCUGGUGCACAUAUCUCUUCUUGUGCUCUCUUUGAACAAGCUAUUAAAGAAUCAAGAGGGGAGAGCAUCUCAUGGAGUGUAUCUCAGAUAAAAGCUUACUUUGGUUUAUCUGGAGGGUACAAUCUCUUCAAUCUGGUUGAACACUUCCACAACCGGGGCUUGUAUCGUUCAAUUUUCCUAAGCAUAAUGGAAGGAGAAGAGUCCUUUGAACAAUUCUCUCCUGAAGUGAGAUUGAAAGACCUGAGUGUAAGAAAAGCUGCAGCCCUCUUACCUUAUAUUACACUCUUUCAUGGAUCCGCAGAUUAUUCAAUUCCACCUGAAGCAAGCAAAACUUUUACAGAUGCUCUUCGAGCUGCUGAAGUGAAAGCCGAGCUAGUUAUGUACAAGGGUAAAACUCAUACCGAUCUAUUUCUUCAGGAUCCUCUGAGAGGCGGUAACGAUGAGCUAUUUGAUCAUAUAGUCUCUAUGAUACACGCCGAUGACAGUUACGCAUUGAGAAAUGAUGCUGUUGCGCCACCGAGAAAACGGCUUGUUCCAGAGUUCUUGCUGAAACUGGCCGGCAAGGUCAGCCCUUUUUGAAUAGAAAAACUAAAUCUUCGAUACGGUUCUGGUAGCUUCUUGAUAUUCGAUGUAUUUGUUGUUGUUUGUUGUUCUGUGUUUUCUUCUUCUUCGAUUUGUAUAUUUUGAUAGCAACUCUCACAUGUUGAUGUGAUUGAAGGAUAAGUCUCUUUUCAUCGGUGAAUAUAUAUAGAGCCCAAAAUAAAUGGAUUUCAUCUAU